AUAUAAGCUGCGCGAGCGCCGACUCUGCAUCCAGUGUCCUGCUCACCCCGGCACAGCAAUACCUACUCCUGCAACAUGAAGGCUAUCGUGUGUUUGUUAGUCCUGGUCGCCGCAGUGUACGGCGCAGAAGAGGAGAAGAAGAAUGAGAAGCGCGGUCUACUUGGUCUUGGCUAUGGAGGUCACAGCAUAGGCUACGGAGGCUACAAUCUCGGCUACGGGGGCCAUAGCCUCGGUUACGGGGGUCAGGGUCUCGGGUACGGAGGCUACAGCGGACACGUAGUCUCGGCUCCCGUCGUCACACGCAGAGUUGUCUCGUACAGCCUCGGGCACGGCUACUCCGGCGGCCACGGAGGCUACAGCGGAUACGGAGGCUACAGCGGAUACGGAGGCUCCAGCGGAUACGGAGGCUCCAGCGGAUACGGAGGCUACAGCGGAUACGGAGGCUCCAGCGGAGGCUACGGCGGCCACGGAGGCUACAGCUCGCUGGGUCUUGGCCACGGCUACAUACACUAAGGCGCACGUCGCGUUAAGCCAAGCUCUUCAGUAUCAUACAACUAAAUACAAGUGAUAGUUUAAUACCUUCACAGUUGGGAAUUGUCAGCUGUCGGCUCAAAUCUCUUCUCUGUAUCUUGUCAUUUGUUGUGUGUGUACUUAAGGAUGGCCGCGAUAUACAUUUUGUUUUUAUUAGUGUUUAAGAUAAAUAAAUUUUAAAAUAAUAACU